AUGGACGAGAUGCUGGGACUGAGGAGAAUUCUUCUGCUGGGGGUUCUGACCAGCGCUCUGGUGCUCCCUCCUCCUGCCUUCACCUGUGGACCGGGCAGGGGCAUUGGCAAGAGAAGGCCCCCCAAGAAGCUGACCCCCCUAGCCUACAAGCAGUUCAUCCCCAACGUCGCCGAGAAGACCCUGGGGGCCAGUGGAAGAUAUGAAGGAAAGAUCACUAGGAACUCGGAGAGGUUUAAGGAGCUCACCCCCAAUUAUAACUCUGACAUCAUUUUUAAAGACGAGGAGAACACAGCAGCCGACAGACUCAUGACUCAGAGAUGCAAAGACAAACUCAAUGCCUUGGCAAUUUCAGUGAUGAACCAGUGGCCGGGUGUGAAAUUACGGGUGACAGAGGGCUGGGAUGAAGAUGGGCACCAUUCAGAAGAAUCAUUACACUAUGAAGGGCGAGCUGUGGAUAUCACCACUUCUGAUAGGGAGCGCAGCAAGUAUGGCAUGCUGGCCAGGUUGGCAGUAGAAGCUGGAUUUGACUGGGUCUAUUAUGAAUCUAAAGCUCACAUCCAUUGUUCUGUUAAAGCAGAAAACUCGGUGGCUGCAAAAUCUGGUGGUUGCUUUCCUGCCAAUGCUAGUGUGUCUUUGGAAGGUGGUGGUACCAAGGCAUUGAAGGACCUAAGGCUAGGGGAUCGGGUGCUAGCAGCAAAUGAGGAGGGCAAGUUGGUCUAUAGUGACUUCCUCACCUUCUUGGACAAGCAGGAGAGUGUGAAGAAGGUCUUCUAUGUGAUUGAGACCACUGAACCCAAGCAGAGCAUCCGACUGACAGCUGCCCAUCUUAUCUUCGUGUCACAAAGCUCAGCUAAUGGCACUAGGUCUUUCAAGUCUAUUUUUGCCAGCAACAUAAGACCAGGAGAUCAGGUGUUCCUAGCUGAUCAUACGAUGAUGGAUCUGAAGGUAGUGAGAGUGGAAAAGGUCUAUUUAGAAGAAGACAUUGGAGCUUAUGCUCCUGUGACCUCUCAUGGAACAGUGGUCAUCAAUGGGGUCCUGGCCUCUUGUUAUGCAGUCAUUGAAGAACAUAGCUGGGCACACAUGGCUUUUGCCCCGCUCAGAUUUGCCUACUACUACAACCCAUCUUCCACGUACCUUCAUGUUGAAGGCAUCCACUGGUACUCACAACUCCUUUACCAAUUAGGAACUUGGAUCUUGGAUAAUGACUCUCUUCAUCCACUGGGAAUGUCAGUGAGGUCCAGUUGA